AUGAAAUUAACUAGUGACGGUUACACCUGGCGGAAAGAGACCGGCGUCAAGAAAGGUGACCUCCACUGCCGAGGUGUCGUUGAGCCGCGAGAGAAGUACACCGCGCCAGCUGGCCACAUCUUCGAUGCCAUUGUUAUUGGAGCUGGAUACAGUGGCUUGAGGGCUGCGAGAGACUUGACGGACUAUGGCCUUUCUGUUCUCAUGUUGGAAGCUCGAGAUCGCGUCGGUGGACGAACAUAUACCGUGGAAUCAGAUGGCUGUCUGUAUGAAAUGGGUGGAACAUGGGUGACCCACCAUAUGGGAUACCUGUUCCAAGAAAUGACGCGAUACAAACUCGAUCGCGACCUCAUUUUGACCCAUCACAGAGAAUACGAGAAUGAUUACUACACGAUCAAUGUUCCUGGAGCUACUCCUCGGAAGCUCACACACGAGGAAGCCGGCGAGAUCACUGCUCGAGCAUGGGACGUGUUCGUCAACAUCGACGGACAACACUGUCGAACUAUUUGCCCUUUACCCCAUGCCCAGCUUGACAACAUCAUGGUGGAUCGGAAAGAAGUGGAGCGCUACGACAAGAUCUCUUGCAGGGAUAGGUUCGAGGAGAUCAAGCAUCUCCUAACGGCAGAGGAAGCUGGGAUCUUGAACGGAUUAAUACUGCAUAUCACAGGCGGAACUAUGGAGAAUUCGAGCCUAUGGGAUAUGAUCCGCUCCCAUGCGCUCAUGGCACAUUCCUCAGUCAAUUUCGGGCCAAUCUGGACCACAUUCAAGCUUCGACGGGGCCAGUCGGCUCUUGCUAAAGCGAUGUUCCAGGAGAGUGUGGACAACGGGCUACAGUACUUUUUCCAGACUCCGGUCAAAUCGAUCAUCGAUCAUGCCGGCUCGCAUGUCCGCGUUGUGUCGCAUUCCGGUAGAGACUUCCGCGCCCGUCGGAUAGUCAGCACGAUCCCUUUGAAUGUGCUUCACUCAAUUGAGUUUGAUCCACCACUCUCUCCUACCCGCCAGGAGGCGAUCUAUGUCGGGCACGUUAACUUCAUGACAAAGAUCCACGCCGACGUGAAGGAAAAGGGCCUCACAUCUUGGAACGGAAUGAAGCUCUCCAACUUGCUCAUGUUUGGCUACGGAGAUGGAGUAACCCCUAACGGUGACGCACAUAUCGUGGGCUUCGGCAAGGAUGAACGAGCCACCUUCGUCCCUGAAAGAGACCCAGAGAAAGCUGUUGACGCUUUCCAACAGCUUCACCCAAUGGAAGUUAGGAGAAUGAUAUUCCAUAACUGGAACACAGACCCCUGGUCGCAAGGCGGACCUGCUUGGUGGCAACCCCAGUUCAUGUCCAAGUACCAAGACGAAUUACAGAAGCCGCAUGGUCAUGUUUUCUUCGCAUCUGCAGACUGGGCUCAUGGCUGGCGAGCUGCUAUUGACGGUGCCUUGGAGCAAGGCUCUCAUGCGGCGUUACAAAUCAAGAAUGAGCUAAAGAGCGCUCGGGGAGGCAGCGUCAAGGCAAGGUUCUAG